GCUGCUAUCACGUACAAUACGUGUUUGUUUAUGUUGUGAAUAAGAGAUGCGAUGUAAAUUUUUCAUUUCUUGUGAUUCUUAAUUACGAGGAUUUACAAGGGGAUCAAGUGUUUAUAAAAAUCUCCAAUAGAUAAAUUAAGUAAAAAGAAGUUAACUCUACACUUUUUAAUAUUUCUUGGUUUUUCCGGCCACUCUGUAUAACUGAUGUAAUGUGCCGCGGCUCUCUGUGGAAUGCAUCAUCGAUUCUUGCGAAAAUAUGAGCUUUUCUCCUGGUUUACUCGAGACGAAUUCUCUUUGAUAUUUGUCAAAGAGCAGCACAAUAUUGCGCGAAUGUCGUUGUCGUUUGGAAUAUUUAUAUAAAAGUUGCGAGCACAUCAAGGUGCUGAAUAUGGCACACGAAAAUAUAAGUAAGUUAACAAGAGAAGAUUUUGAUGCUGGUCCGUGCAGUUUUGACGAGAUUGAGCCAGACCUGUUUUUGGGCAAUCUUACCGCUGCCGCAGAUGUUGAUUGGUUAAAGGAGGCCAAAAUAACUCAUAUACUCACGAUAGAUUCCUGCCCAUUACCGAGGCAGAUCCAGGAACGUCUCCCUAAUUUAAUCACCAAGUAUAUUCAGGUGACAGAUAUGCCACGAGAGGAUCUCCUUACGCAUUUUGAAGAUUCUUACGAGUUUAUUGAUCGUGCUCUCCAAUCCAAUGGCAGGGUGCUGAUACACUGUUACUUCGGUGUGUCACGAUCUGCCACUGUGGUGAUCGCGUUUGCCAUGAAGAAGCACCAAUUGAGCUUUGUAGACGCGUUGCAAGUGGUGAAGUCAAAGCGACGUUUUGUCGCGCCAAAUCCCGGCUUUGUAGCACAGUUGCGGCUUUAUGAGGACAUGGGGUACGGUGUCGACAGCACCAGUGUCCAGUUUAAAAUGUAUCGGCUGCAGAUUGCCGCUGAUAAGGUACGCAAGGCUCGCAUUCUUCCUCAGAGCUGCGUCGACUUAAUAAAACCUGAUCCCGCACUAACGACUGUGCGUCCCGAACCGACGGUUUAUCGUUGCAAGAGGUGUCGCCGCAUCGUGGCAAGCGCUAGCAAUAUUCUACCCCACGCACCACGUGAGAAGCAGAUUUGGCGACAUAUCAGCACCAAGAGUACCUCAAAAGAUGCUGAAAACUGCGAUAAAUUGGUUCAAAAGAGGGAGGAGCCGCGGCUUGAACUUUGCGACAAGAUUUACUUCGUGGAACCGUUGGCUUGGAUGCCCGACAUCAUGCACAGUGUCGAAGGUAAAUUGAAUUGUCCUAAAUGCAAAACAAAGCUCGGCUCCUACAGCUGGAUCUCCGGCAGCCAAUGUCCCUGCGGCAGCAAGAUCGCACCGGCCUUCUACCUGGUACCCUCCAAGCUCGACUGGAGCAACGUUGUACAAAACGUACAAGUAACAGUAUAAUAUUGAAGCGUAAAAUAAUAUACGCUGGACGCACCAAAGUAAACCUUGGAUAAACCGAUUUGACGGACGGAAGUCUUGAAUUUUAUAUUGGCUUAUGAAGUUUUGCAAGUUUAUCGUCCUUCAUAUCUAUCAAGGCUACACAAACCGCUGAAAGACAUCAUGAAGAUAAAGCGUCUAAUAAAGCCACCAUUUUUUGGGCGCUUUGUAAAUGUCUAGCAUUUUUUGAAUGGUUGUCUUGUUAAAUUAUAACAUUAUGGUCUAAGAUAAUUGAUGUAGAUGUUGAUUAAUAUUCGAUCCUUAACAGAUAUAAGUUUUUGGUAUUAUGGAUUUAUAUUAUUCUAAAAAUGAUCAAAGUCCGAAUUCAGCAGUGAUUAAGGAAAUAAAUUCAAUCAUACGCUUUAUAUCUUGAAAGACUUAUAUUUAACAUUUUAUCGUUAAUUGCACAAAAAAUUUUACGUCAUUGUACUUAAAAGAUCUUGAUAUAAAAUAUCUGUUGAGGAUUGAGAACAACACAUCUUAUUAUAUGAGUGAGAUAAGAUACAGACCAAUAUUUAUGCUGGUUGACUAUAUUCUAAUUCUGUGCCAAUAUUAUAUUUCGAUAUGUGUACAUAUAUACAUGUAUUUGUUACGUACAUCUGUAUGUUGUACUUUUCUUAUUAUAUAUACAUAUAUCGAUGACAAAACAUACCCGGAAACAUUUUCCGAUCUCAAUGUUUUUAUUGCACGACACUAGUUUUAUCUAUACCGUCUAUAUAUAUAUGUAUUUGUGUAAGGCAACUUUGUAGAAUAACGUUUUCUGUAUACGUUUAAAAUAUUAUGAUGUUCUAAUAUAUACUUCCCCAUAAUUUAAUGUGCUAAUCUAUCGACGGGAAAAAGAA